AUUACACAAGAUGUAUCGAAAAUUGCUGACAUGUUCAAUAAGGAGAAUCAUUGUGAACCCCCUUAAAUUUUAUCACAAUAAGUCCGAUUGCCAUGUGACAGUACCCCAGGGUAAAAUGAGAGGUAAAGUGUGCAGUACUCCGUGUGGUAAACAGUACUAUAGCUUCGAAGGCAUACCCUACGCUAAACCACCCUUGGGGCCCCUCAGAUUCAGGGAUCCUCAGAAACCUGAUAACUGGUCUGGAGUACUUGACGCAACGAAACCUGGAAACAAACCCGUACAAAUAAAUCCUUAUAACAAAUCUAUAGAAGGUUCAGAAGACUGCUUAUAUUUAAAUGUAUACACUCCAAUAUUGCCCGAUGAACAAAAACAAAGCCUUCCGGUACUGUUUUACUUACAUGGCGGUAAUUUAUACACGGGAUGCGGUCACAUAUAUCGCCCAGAUUUUUUAAUACGUCAAGACGUCAUCCUAGUCACAAUAAACUACCGUCUCAAUAUUUUUGGCUUUCUUAACCUUGAAACAGCGGAAGUGCCCGGUAAUGCCGGUUUCAAAGAUGCCGCUAUAGCCCUAAGAUGGGUCAAACAAAACAUAGAACAUUUUAAUGGGGAUCCAAACAAUAUAACAGGAAUAGGAGAAAGCGUAGGCGCAAUUAUGACUACAUUUUUAUUGAUUUCAAAGAUGACUCAAGGUAUAUUUAAAAGAAUAAUUGGUUUAUCAACAGCUAUAUCUGAUGAAAUGAUAGGCGAUAAUCCUCUGGAAAGAGCAAAAGAUAUUGCUUCAAGUUUAAAAAAAAACAUAAACAGCUCUGAAGAAAUAGAUAAUUUGUUUCGCAACUCUUCUUCUGAAGAUUUGUCUAAGGCUUUAAUGAAAUCAGUUUCUCGUGUCAAUAAAUAUGACGUACACAGCUUUUUACAGGCAUCAGUUGAAAAGAAAUAUCACAAUGUAGAACCAUUUUUGGAUGAGUAUCCUCUACAGUCGUUAAGAACUAAUAAUUAUUCUCAAGUUCCAGCUCUUAUGAGUGUGGCAACCUACGAAUCUGCAUACUUUAUAACUCCUCGAUCCGGACAAUUUAAAUUUAUUAAAGAUAUAUUGAAACUUGUACCGGGUCCUGCAUUAGAAGAUAAGGAUGCUGUGCAAUUAAUUAAUAUCGAGAAACAGCUAAAAGAAUUGUACUUUCAAGAUAAAGAAAUCGGUCCUUCAACACUAGUCCAAUACUUAGAUCUAGUUUCAGAUUUGUAUAUUACCAGAGACAUAAUCUACACGGCAGACUUAUUUUCAAGAAACGAGGAUUUCUAUUUUUGUAGAUUUGGAUACGAGAACUCGCGAUUCAUGAAAAGUUUAGGUGUAAAAGGCGCUACACACAGCGAUAUAUUACAAUUUCUAUUUUACACAGAAAAGAGAAGAAGCUAUUUUAACGAAAAGGAUAUGAAACUUGUUGAUAUGUUGACUGAGGCCUUGUGUAACUUCGCAAAAACCGGCAAACCUACGUGGACGGGUCAGGAAAUAUCGUGGCCAUAUUUCAAGAAAGAUGAAAGAAUAUGUUUAAAUAUUGAAGACAGAAUAAGCUGUGUCCCAUUACCCGAAUAUGAUAGGUUUACAAAACUUAUUAAUAUACUUAAGCAGAAGCCGAAGAUGAUUGGACUGACUGACACCAUUACAUUAUAUUAG